AUGAGCUUUGAGAAGCUGCUGCAUCAGGUGGGCGGCUUUGGGCCCUUCCAGCUGUGGAAUCUGGUUCUGCUUGCCUUGCCCCGGCUGCUGCUGCCUCUACACUUCCUCCUGCCCGUCUUCCUGGCCGCCGUGCCAGCCCAUCACUGUGCCCUCCCGGGGGCCCCUGGCAACUCCAGCGACCGGGAUGAGUGGCUCGAGGCCCACCUGCCCCGGGGGUCUGACGGCAGGUUCAGCUCCUGCCUCCUCUUGGCCCAUCCGCGCCCCUUCUCCAACACCUCGCUGGAGGGAGGAGGACACAGUCCCGCAGAGCUUGUUGGGGAGCUCCCUACCCUGGCCUGUCCGCAGGGCUGGGAAUAUGACCACUCCGAGUUCUCUUCCACUAUUGCAACCGAGUGGGACCUGGUGUGUGAGCGGAAAGGCCUGAAUCGAGCCUCGUCCACCUUCUUCUUUGCUGGCGUGCUGGUGGGGGCUGUGGCUUUCGGAUACCUGUCCGACAGGUUUGGGCGCCGUCGCCUGCUACUGGUGGCGUAUGUGAGUGCCCUGGUGCUGGGCCUGGCGUCUGCAGCUUCCGUCAGCUACACCAUGUUCACCGUUACCCGUACCCUCACGGGCGCAGCUCUGGCUGGCUUUACCAUUAUUGUGAUGCCCCUAGAGAUGGAGUGGCUGGAUGUGGAGCACCGCACUGUGGCUGGCGUCCUGAGCAGCAUCUUCUGGUCAGGGGGUGUGAUGCUGCUGGCCCUGGUCGGAUACAUGAUCCGAGACUGGCGAUGGCUUCUGCUGGCUGUCAGCCUACCGUGUGUUCCAGGCAUCCUCAGCCUCUGGUGGGUACCUGAGUCAGCCCGCUGGCUUCUGACCCAGGGCCGCGUGGACGAGGCCCAGAGGUAUCUCCUCCGCUGCGCCAGGCUCAAUGGGCGGACCGUGAGUGAGGACAGCCUGAGCCAGGAGGCCCUGAUCAAGGUGGCUGCAGGGGAGCAGGAACACCGAAGACCCUCAUACCUGGACCUGUUCCGCACACCACGGCUCCGACACAUCUCACUGUGCUGCAUGGUGGUGUGGUUUGGAGUGAACUUCUCCUAUUAUGGCCUGAGCCUCAAUAUGUUGGGGCUGGGACUGAACCGGUACCAAACACAGCUGCUAUUCGGUGUUGUGGAGCUGCCCUCCAAACUGCUGGUUUACCUGUUUGUGCGUCGCGUCGGACGCCGCUUCACGCAGGCUGGAGCGCUGCUGGGCACCACACUCUGUUUGUGGGCCCGGUUGCUGGUCACUGCCGAGAUGAAGAUGUGGAGUACUGCCUUGGAAGUAAUAGGAAAGGGUUUUUCUGAAGCCGCCUUCACUACUGCCUAUCUGUUCACAUCUGAGUUGUAUCCUACCGUGCUCAGACAGACAGGAUUGGGUUUGACUGCACUGGUGGGCCGGCUUGGGGGUUCCCUGGCCCCCAUGGCGGCCUUGCUGGAUGACGUGUGGAUACCGCUUCCCAAGCUCACUUAUGGGGGACUCGCCCUGCUUGGUGCCUGCAUGGCCCUCCUGCUGCCAGAGACAAGGGAGGCACAAUUGCCAGAGACCAUCCAGGACGUAGAGAAGACCACCCAGGACGUGGAGCAGAAGAGGUGUGUGCAUAGGACUCUGUGUCUGCAUGUGCAAGCAUAUGCAUGUGGUACCUCAGCCAGCCUUCAGGUUGAAGAGAUGCAUAUGAAGCAGUUUCAGGACUGA